AUGACAACCGAGAACGCACUUAAAAACGUAACAGAAUCGGACAUUGAACAAACACAGAAUACUAUUGUAGUCUGGUUGGACAAGAAUAUUGAUCAUAGUAAUCCUUGCUUUACCAAUACAAUUACACAGUUUCAGCGUAUUUUAAGCAAUGUUUACGCAUUCACUGAUAAUGACCAAUGUAUCGAAUUCAUUCUAAACAUCACAGACUACAAAGUAUGUAUGAUCACUUCAAAAUUACUUGGGCAAAUUAUUAUGCCUUGCAUACAUGAUAUUUUUCAAAUUGACUCGUUUUUAAUCUUUCCUGGCAAUGAAAAUCAAUCUAAGCAAUGGGUCAACAAAUGGUCCAAAAUAAAAGUCGUUUCUACAGAUGUCUCGAGCAUUUGUCAAGCAUUAAAGCAGCUAGCACGUCAAUCUGAACAAAGUGAUAUACACAGAGAAAUUAAAUCAUUAACCUGCACAUCUUCCGAUCCAAAACAAGAAUCAGAACUCAGUUAUUUUUACAAUGCUUGUCGUAGUGGUGAUUUAUCUCUUGUUGAGCUAUUCCUUGAAGAAAUGUCAAUAGAAGAAAUAAAUUAUAUCGAAGUCAAUGGAGAGACUGCAUUGCAUGCUGCUGCCAGUAAUAGUCAUGAUGAUAUUGUAAAAUUAUUAUUGAAGAAUUAUGCGUUCCGCUCAAUAAAGGAUAGCUAUGACCGCACACCCUACGACGUAGCGAAGAAAAGCUCAACCAAACAACUUUUCGUGCGAGAAUCCGGCGCAGAUCGAUUUGGUGGACAUCCAGCAGAACUCACAUGGAUGAGAGUUGACCCAAAGGCAGCUGAGUGGGCAGCAUUUGAACGUCACAGACUGUCCGACCGCAGACAUUUUGUGCAGAAGAUUGAUACAAUACUAGAUAAAUAUCUGAGUCAAGAAUUAUAUGAUACGGGUGGAAUAGAUCUAAUCAAAUAUUUUUGUUGGAAAAGUAGAGAAGAACAAGAUCCUAUCUAUCUUUUGAAAGCGUAUACUGCACAAACACCAUUUGUUAAUGUACUUAAUGAAGGAUUGGCAACAAAGCCAUCAUCAGGCGAUAGUAGGUCAGGACGUCGAGCAUAUAUAUCUGCUAUGUCCCAUCCUGAUUUCGAACGUUUAAUCUUUACUGGAAUAACGUAUCGUGGUAUGAGACUAACAGAAGAAAAUCUUGCCCAAUAUAGUGUUGGCAAUCGCAUCAUGAACUAUUCAUUUCUAUCGACGUCAAAACUGAGAGCUGUUGCCGAAACUUUUGCAUGUGUUGGCGAACACGCAGACGGUAAACUAUCUGCUCUGUGUACUUACAUAAUCAAAAAUCGUUCUACUGCUUUGGCUAUCGAAGAAGUUUCUGAAUAUCAGUUCGAGGAGGAAGUUCUGAUACUGCCCUACAGUGCUUUUGAAGUGACUCUCGUUCAUAAGACCAGUAUGAAUAAAGAUAUGAUGAAUAUUGUAAUGACCUUUGAAGAAUGUGAUCUGGUAGAGCCAUAUUUUUCCGGGUGUGCUUAUAUUGCUCCCGAUGUCUAUGAAUUAUGGUAUCAAAAUAAUCGUAAUGAAUGUCAUGAUCAGAGCUCGAAAUCAACCAAGUAUCUUCGAAUAGAGUUCGGCUCAGAUACAGAAGGCUCAGGUAUGGGUGUUUAUAUUAACUAUGCGAACAAUUUUCAAGGCAAUGGGAGCAAAGAUGACACAAGUGAAAGGAUCCCAGAUGCUCCCACAUAG